AUGUCAGCAGCCCAAGUCCACCAAUUCAACGCCCUCCGGCGUCCAGAAUGCGACGCCUUUCACUUACCAAACCACUAUGUCUUCAUCACAAAACCCGUCCCACUAGCCGGCGGCGAAGGCGUCUUCAUCUGCAACCCAUACAACGGGCACGACCACUUCGAAGGCCGGACGCGGAUAAGCACACUCUCACCAGCCGAGCAAGCAAAAGCGAUCGUACCCCUACUGCUCGAAGCAUUCAUCACCCGCUUCGACCACCAGGGAUCGAUCUACCACUUCCCUGACGACAACUCCCCCUGGGCCCCAUUCACCUGGUCCACGACCAGCGAUGUCCUUGCGCGGGCCAUGUCGACUCGACUGCGGGAGAUCGGGGUUUCGCCGGAUUUGUGUCUUGUUGAGGUUGAGCAGGAGGAGGAGUUGAAGACAGCGGAGGCUUGUUGGAAGCGCUUCGAGGAUUCGCUGCUGAGAUUUUCUGGUCUCUUUCUGGAUGGAAAUGUGCAGGAUCAGUCUGGUGAGAAUGUUGAGAGGUCUUGUCUUGCUUGUGGGUUUACGACGAGUUUGGAUAAGAAGUUGUUGAGGUGUUCGAGGUGUCGGGUUACGUGGUAUUGUUCGAAGGAGUGUCAGAGGAGGGAUUGGAAGUUGCAUAAGCCUAAUUGUGUUGCUUCUUCGGAGUAG